UACGGCGUGGCGGUGUAGUGUUUACGAUUCGAUUUAAAAUAAAAUAAAAAAGUUCGAUAUGCGGCUGUUAAAAACAGUCAUGUGUGCGUGUCCUUGUGGUGCGUUUGUGUUGUUUUUAACAAUUUACGUGCAAUUUAGUGCAGUGAAUUCAUUUAAUCUCGAAGUGAGGAUUCCUCUCAUUAAAACUGGAAGUAAAGGCACUUAUUUUGGAUAUUCAGUUGCAGAACACAAAAGCACGGAACGUGGAAACGUUAUACCAUGGAUAUUAGUUGGUGCACCUCUAGGAAAGAACAAGCAACCCAAUACGACCAGAUCAGGAGCAUUGUAUAAAUGCCCCUUGACCACACUAAGUUACGAUUGCGAACAAGUUAUUACUGAUGGAAGACGAUUGGCAAAUGGACUCUAUAGCAAAUCAAUCAACGAUGACACAUUAUAUCCACCUGGAAACGACGAAUUAAAAGAAGAUCAAUGGCUCGGGGUUAGUGUCAGCUCCUCUAGCAAUGACACCAAAGGUGGCCACAUUGUAGUGUGUGCCCACAGGUAUGCUUUGAGGCCAAAUCCAGAUUCAAUAUGGGGCCAAGGUCUCUGUUAUACCCUAAUGCAGGAUUUUCAACCAGACGAAAUUUGGGAACCUUGCAGAGGAAAAAGUGUUAGAGGGAUACUAGUUGGUGCACCUCUAGGAAAGAACAAGCAACCCAAUACGACCAGAUCAGGAGCAUUGUAUAAAUGCCCCUUGACCACACUAAGUUACGAUUGCGAACAAGUUAUUACUGAUGGAAGACGAUUGGCAAAUGGACUCUAUAGCAAAUCAAUCAACGAUGACACAUUAUAUCCACCUGGAAACGACGAAUUAAAAGAAGAUCAAUGGCUCGGGGUUAGUGUCAGCUCCUCUAGCAAUGACACCAAAGGUGGCCACAUUGUAGUGUGUGCCCACAGGUAUGCUUUGAGGCCAAAUCCGGAUUCAAUAUGGGGCCAAGGACUCUGUUAUACCCUAAUGCAGGAUUUUCAACCAGACGAAAUUUGGGAACCUUGCAGAGGAAAAAGUGUUAGAGGAGAGCACGAAGAAUACGGUUUUUGCCAAGCUGGAACGAGCAGUGUUCUCAUUGGAGACUCGUUAAUGAUCGGCGCACCUGGACCAUAUACAUGGACUGGCACAAUGUUUGUGAUGUCCACUGAGGAGGAUUUUCUAAGCAGAGAUCAUGAAAAAUAUUAUGGUCCACUUGUUACUGAUCGACCUGUUCCUAAAUACAGCUAUCUCGGAAUGUCAGUCGCAGGCGGCAAAUUUAUCAGCAAUAAUGAAAUCUCAUAUGCAGCUGGUGCUCCUCGAGCAGAAGGCACUGGUCAAGUAGUCAUUUUUAAGAAAACUAAAAAUGUCAAUCCAAUGGAAGUGAUUUAUGUCAUUCCUGGCGAACAGUUUGGUUCCAGUUUUGGUUACGAAAUUGCCAGAGCUGAUAUCAAUGGAGACGGAUGGGACGACAUGAUUGUAGGCGCGCCUUUCUAUUUCUCAAAAGAAAAGGGAGGGGCUGUUUAUGUAUUUAUAAACAACAAGGGACGUUUUCUUGAAAAUUACUCAUCCCGCCUGUUAGGUCCAAAGUAUGACAGCAGGUUCGGUUUCGCUUUAGCAGCAGUUGGAGAUUUGAAUAAGGAUGGUUGUGAAGACAUAGCAGUAGGUGCUCCUUAUGAAGGAAGUGGCGCAGUUUACAUUUUCUUUGGUUCUAGGCAAGGGAUACAAGAAAAACCUUCUCAGGUAAUACAUGCUGGAGUUGGUCCAAUGAAAUAUAUGUUAACUUUUGGAUACUCUUUAUCUGGUGGAUUAGAUAUGGAUAAUAAUGGAUAUCCUGACUUAGUAGUUGGUGCAUAUGCAUCAGACGCUAUUGCUUUGAUCAGGUCUAGGCCGAUCAUUGAUAUAUUCACAGAAUUGCGAUCACACCAUGAGACAAAAAACGUCGACACUAGCAAAACUGGUUGCAGAGCUGAUCCCAAUUCGAAUUAUACAUGUUUUUCUUUUGAGACAUGUGCUAAAAUAAAAAGACAAACUCAGGACGUAAAAUUGUUAUAUCAUUUAGUGGCUGAGACAUUUCAACCCACUCACAAAUUUUCAAGAGUUUGGUUUAAUAACCCCAACGACGUCAUUAGGCCCAGUGAAGUUUCAAGCGUUGUAAGUCUUAUUAAUGGUCAUCAUUGUGCCAAACAUGUACUGUAUCUUAAGGAGAACACAAGAGAUAUUCUGCAACCAAUAAAGUUCAAACUGAAUUAUACAUUGCAACAAAAUGAUCCACCAAUACCGAGGCGAGGGUCACCGUUACCAUCGAUCGAUUUAUAUCCUGUCCUGAAUCAAACUCAUGCUGAGUUGAUAUUUGAAGCUACAUUCCAAAAGGACUGUGGAGAAGAUUUAGAAUGCACUAGCGAUUUAUUCUUGACUUCGGUUUCCAAUUUAAAGAAUAAUGAAUUAGUAAUGGGCGAAAACACAGAUCUCACUGUUCAUAUAACAGUGGAGAACAAAGCUGAACCAGCCUAUGAACCUUGGUUGUACGUAGUACACCCAAUCGGAUUGGAUUUUGUGUCCAGCAAAGUGAAGCAACAAGCCCAAGUUGAUUGUAACGUUUAUAAUUCCACGGUAGUCGCUUGUGAACUCGCUAAUCCAUUUAAAUUUGGCAGUUCCGUUAAUAUCGCCAUGCGUUUUGAUCCCAAAAAUAUUUCGGCUGAUAUUAAUAGCAUGGACUUCUUCAUUUUUGCCAAUUCUACAUCAAGAGAAUUACAAAAAAGGCCAUGGAAUGUAUUAGAAAUUCGAAUUAUUAGAAAAGCAAACAUUUCUUUAAGAGGAACUGCAAAACCUGAACAAGUAUACUAUGGUGGAAUUCCAAGAGGGGAGGCUGUGAUGAAAUUCAGAGAAGACGUAGGCAGCCCAGUCAUACAUGCUUUUGAAGUCUAUAACGAAGGACCAUGGAUGUCCAAUGAUUUAAUUAUUGAAAUUUUAUGGCCGCAUCAAGUUGCCAAUAACAAAGAGAAAGGGAAAUGGUUGCUUUAUGUGGUCGACGUGCCGACAUUUGAUAGCCCAGAAAAAGGUGAAUGUGAAAUUGAUUCAAGCAUUAUAAAUCCUUUACAUUUAGAACAACGUUUUGGCGCACCUGAAGCUUUGAUGGAGCAGCUGCUCGAUCCUAGAAACUAUUCUAGUAAUAAUUGGUUGAAUUUCAAUGAUAAUGUUAGAAUAAAAAGAAGAAUUUGGAAGCGAGAUACGGAAAUGAUCGUGAGACCAGAAGCUAUUAUAGAUAGUGAGGGAAGAAAAACAGAGAUAGUCACUAUGAGUUGCCAGAAUACCAGAGGUGCAAAAUGUAUAAAAUUUGUUUGUCGAUUACGACCUUUGCAAGCACGUAAGCAAGCUGUAAUCAGAAUAAGUGCUCGCUUAUGGAAUGCUACCUUGGUCGAAGACUAUGCACAGAAGAGCCAAGUCAAUAUAAUAUCAGUGGCUAAAGUAUAUUCAGCGGAGUCAACUCAGAGCUAUGUUGCUACGGCUACAACGAAAGCAUAUCCUGAUUUGUUGGAACAAAUUGAUAGUUUCGUUGACUUAUGGAUAAUUAUUGUUUCUGUGAUAAUUGGUUUAUUACUGCUUAUCGGAUUAAUAAUUUUACUAUGGCGGUGUGGAUUUUUCAAAAGAAGCAGACCAGACCCUACAUUAUCUGGAAAUAUUGAAAAACAGCAUAGAGAGGAUAGUCCGUUUUUGGCAGACAAUAAAUAA